UGGUGUGUGUAUGUGCGUGUGCCUGCUUUCUGAGUGGGUGAGAUGAGCUGGGAUCAUGAGCCAGGGUUGUUCCAAGUGGUUUUAAUCAGCAGCCCAGUAGAGGAGAACGGAAAACUUCUAACAGGAUAAGCAGCAAGCUGUUUCCGUACCCCCAUGGGAGUGUACUUCCCAAGCCUCUGCUCCUCUGGAACCCCUAAGUUCUUGCCAGGCACCAGCAAAGUGCUCAGAAAUGGGGAAAACUCUUGCUAGUUUUGGGUGAAGUGUGCUUUUGAUCUUUUUUUACCCUGGCAAGACGUGGCUUCUUGGACUGCAUCCGCGAUGUGGCAAAGGGCAAAGUGAGGACGGCAAAGAGGCCAUGGUUUGUGGGCAAGUCCCCAGGUGCCGCAGGCUUUGUCGCCCACGUCCUUUCCUUCUGGCCUUAGUGGUUGCUAUCUGUCUGUUCUGCCAGACCCUCACUCCUCUCAUGACCAGCGGCAUCCUUUCAGCAGUCAUUAAUGGAAUUGCACCCAGCAAACUGACUAAAACACAGCAAGCAAGAUACAAGGAUCUCUCACCAAGCAACACUCACUGCUUCCUGCCUGGCAGUAAUUCACAGACAGUGAAAAAGAUUGAUGACUCCCUUCUCCAGUACCUUGGAAGCCGUACUAGAAGAGCAGUUCUUUACGUGCCUCCUGCCCAUCGUGAAACAGACCGUCAGCUCUGGCAGCGUAUCCUGGCAAAACAUGGAUAUACAGUCACAGUCCUUGAAAACAGGAGGCUGAUGGAAGAUCCUGGGCAUGAGGGCCCUUACCAGAGUGGUAUAAGCCCUUGGGACCUUUUGAUCUGCUUGUCUUCCAGAAAAAAAGAUGAUGCUGGCUGCAUUCAAACCGAAGACUUACAUCAUUUAGAGCUUUUCCAGAAGGUAAACCUACUUCCAGAAAUCCAGCAUUUCCUUUGCAGAGAAGAGGGAAUAUGUCAGAUAAUGAAAGCCUUUUCAGACCUGCAGCUCCCAGUUGUCACCCCAGAGUGCUCUGGCCAGCCUGGGCUCUCACGGACCAGUGCCACAAGCAACAUGUCCCAAGGCAGCGAAAGCACUGACAAGACCCAGGCUGCGAAUCUGCGGCACUGGUGGAAGCAGAGCAGGAGCGCACAGCUGAAUCAAGUAUCAGCUUCACCAUACCAGAAAGACGUACUUAAAGCUCAAGACCUCUCGGUCAUCAUCAAAGCAUAUGUGCUUGUGACAUCCUUAACACCUCUGCGGGCAUUCAUUCAUUCAACCACCACUGUCUGGCACCCACCCAAGAAAAAGCACUUUUACAUAAAGCUGCAAAGGUUUUUUGAGAUAUUCUUCAAAAGCAGUUCUCCCCAGCAAGCCUUCAACAACAUGAAGGAAGCUAUAAGCAAACUUCUACUUAUAACAGAGGUCUUCAGUGAAUCAUCUGAUGGACCAAAUUCUUUCAAUCAAUGCAGCCAAUGUUUCCAAAUGCUUACCUUUGACAUUGGAUACAGCACCUCCAUACACCCAGUGGUUCUUAAGGUGCAUGAAACCUUUGACUUUCAGGAUGAGGAUGAAUCAAAUAUUCAGGACCAAACUUUCAAAGAAUUUCUUUUUGAAGAUGCUUUAAAAUUUCUUCUGUCUAACGAAUCCUCCACAUCCAGUCUCAUAGAAGCUUUGCAAAACAUAUAUGGAGCACCUGUGAGCAAGGAUGGAACUUACCACAGAGAAGAUGAGCAAUGUUUGUCUUUAGAAGAGAUAAAUUUAAUGAUUACUUUCAUCAAGGAACUGAAGAGUCUUGGGCAAUUUGAGCUGCUUUUCCCCUCUGCAGCACCCAGGAUUCAGACUUUACUUCGUGACAUCUAUCACAUGGUAGACCCAAUGAGGCAGCUUGGUUCAGUCCUGACUGUGCAUUGGUUGCUUUUCAAUUUACUUGAACAAUUCCAGUUCAUGACUAAAAAGGAACAUACAUAUCUCUCAGAAUGGAAUUCCUCUCAAGAAAAUGCAAAUCCUAAGCAGAAUGUUCCCUCCGACUUCAGGAAGAAUCACGAAGCAUUGCAUUAUUCCAGUAAGACUAAAGAAAGUCAAUGCAGUUAUGAUAAAGAUACCCUGUCUCAUAUCAGGCAGAUCUUCACCAAUCCACAGCUGGACUUGAAUCCUCAUUUUAACCCAAAGAUCAAAGAAUACUAUGCAGAAGUUCCAUUUGACAUGGUGACAGUGAAGAUAGGAGCAGAACCCUCUAACUGUCAAUGCCAAGUGCACCUUGAUGAGAAGAGAGGGCCAAGCAUUGCUAACUACCCCCUUGGCCUUGGACUGAACAAAGUCGUCAUUCUUGUUACAGAUGGUUCACAGCCCACUCCUCAGGUUGUGAGCAGCUACAGAAUCACCAUCUAUCGAGAGGACCGUCCGAGUCUGCCUUUGUUUGAUGACUAUAUGAUGUGUGGCUUUGUACAGGACUGUGGCUCUCGAAUCCGUCCAGAGGAGUCUUGUGGCUUGCAGCCUCUGUCUCAUGAAUAUCUCUCAGCAAUUUCACAGACCGUUUUUAAGAACUGCGAAGCUGGAGACAUGAAAGGGCAGUGGAUUGUCCCUUGCCUCAGCUGUUCUGACAACAGGACCUGCGACUGGAGAGAAAUAACAUGGCAGCCCCAUGGCUGCCAGUACUCCGUGCUAGCUAAGCCUGAGCUCCAGCGCUGUGUGGAGGGCAGAAGGAUUCUCUUUAUAGGUGACUCAACUAACAGAGGGAUGAUGUACUAUCUCAUAGAGAGAGUAAAUAAGACUCUUCAGGAGUGGCAAAAGACUCACGAUGUUAAAUGUUACCAUAAUAUCAAUGAGGGGAAAACAUUUAUCAGUUACUCUUACUACCCUCAGUUUUGGAUGAAUGCAAACCAGAGACCAACUUUUGAAAAAGCACUAGAAAAACUGCUGCAGAGAUCACGUCCCCUGGAGAAUACAGACCAGACCGUAUUAAUCGUAGGUGGUGUUCAGUGGCUUAAUUCCAAUCACUUACAAAUUAUCCAAAAGGUGUUGAACAGGGAAAAUCUAUCAAAUAUCCUGGUAAUUAUCAAAUCCAUAGGGAUGGGCUUUCACCUCCCAGUGGAUGGAAUACAUUCUCUGUCACAGGCAGAAGUGCAGAACUUGUGGAAUGAAAACUUGAUCAUUCUGGAUACAGCAAAAAAUUUUGGCUACGAAGUCGUUGACACCUUCGUCAUCACCAUGGGACGUUACAAAGAAUUCCUGCAAGGGAAGUGUGGCUGCCAUUUCCAUGAGGUGGUGAAAUCCAACCCCUCUGAAGAAAGUCCACACAUAACAAUGACGUUAUCACGGCACUAUACACUGGGGAAAUAUUUCGGCAGUCAAAGCAAGCCGUCACAACUGCAGGGCUAUGAAAGAAAUUCUCAGUCCCCAUAUCAUGUCCGAGGUCCAAUAAAUCAAGUUUAUUCUGAAAUCCUUCUCAGCAGGAUCUGUGCAAGCAGGAGAGAGUUUGUCAGCACAUAGCCUCUCUUGGAUAGAGCGCUGGGACUACAGCCACUACCUGAGCGGCAAUUGAAGGACCACGGCGAAUUUACGGCCUGCUUUCUUGGCUGGCUGAAUGCACACCAAAGGAGAUUUAAGCUAUGUGGCAUUUUUCCUAAAACUUUAUGAUGUCAGGAUAUGGUCUGGCAACUCUGUGGUGUCAAAAUGGAAGAUGGAGGUUGCAAAGGAGAGAAGGAGGGAAGUUAUUUGAAUGGUUGCCAAAGGAUAGAACAU